AUGGUGAUCGACUUACAAAUAACAUCAACGAAUAAUUGUGCACCUUCGUUGACAAACAAUAUUAAAGCAAAUCUUUUAUCGACAAAUGAAGUAACAUUUUUGAAUGUUGAUGAUGGAAGUGAAUAUGAAAUAAGAAGAAAGCGUUUGACAACCAUUUCAACUGAAACUUCUGACGUCUUAUCAGUUGAUUCUUCAAUAAUUCAAUGUUCAAAGAAGAAAAUUCCUGAUGGUGGCUAUGGAUGGGUGAUUGUGUUUGCAUCUUUAAUGGUGUCACUCAUUGCUGAUGGAAUUUCAUUCUCAUUUGGAUUGCUUUACACAGAAUUAUUGGAUUAUUUCGAUGAAGGUGUUACAAAGACUGCAUGGGUUGGAAGUUUAUUCAUGGCAGUUCCAUUGCUAGCUGGUCCCAUCAUGUCAAACUUAGUAGACAAAUAUGGAUGCCAAAAGAUGACAAUGAUUGGUGGCGUUCUUGGCUGCACUGGUUUCGUAUUGUCAGCUGUAUCGAAUUCAGUUGAAAUAUUAUUCUUUACUUUCGGAAUAGUUUCGGGACUUGGCCUUGGUGUUAUUUAUGUCACUGCUGUCGUUUCCAUCGCCUUUUGGUUCGAAAGUAAAAGGACUUUUGCUACUGGAAUUGGUGCAAGUGGAACUGGCUUGGGGACGUUCCUUUAUGCACCUUUCACACAUUGGUUGAUUGAAACUUAUGGAUGGCGUGGAGCUACAUUGAUUCUUGGCGGAACUUUACUUAAUUUUUGUGUGUUUGGUGCACUAAUGAUCGAUCCUGAUUGGUUGAUCGAAGAAAAUAAACUUCAAGGUUGCAGUCAAAGCAUUCAAACUUUUUCAAAUUCAUCGACGACAAUGUGCCUUGAUGAGAUUAAGAAACUUCUUGAAACUGGAGCUGACAAAGAAGACGUUCUUGACACACUUGUCACGAAUGUUAACACAGAGGCUAAUCUAGUUGUUGAAGAUCCUGACAUUUUGAUACUAAAGAAAUAUAAAAGUGAACUUUUACUUCCCACAUUUAUCUCAUCUGAAUGUGAUCAUCUUGGUGGAAUUAAGUCUAGUAGUAUACGAUCUUUAUAUCAUCAUAAGUUUAAAAGUCCUGAAACAAUAUCUCGUGAUGAGCUUUUAUCACCUUUAUUAAUCAAAUUAAAGUCAAUGCAUAAUGAUGGAGAACAUAAAUGUAAUCUAGCGAGUUUUGAGACUUUGAAUUCAUCUGAAAAAGUUUCGUCAAAUGAAGAUCUUGACACAGUGUCUCUGAAUGUUUCACUUAAAGACAUGAGUUUAGAAGAUUUCAGUGAAAUGCCAUCAUUUAAAAGAAGUGGAAAACAUGGAAGUCGAUUUUCCCUCGACGAAAAAAUGAUUAGAAAACCAUCGACAAGUGGAAAUAUGUUUAAAGGAGAUUUAUUAAGAAACUUUCGUGGAUAUUCGUUAGAUGUUGUUUAUGAAAAUGAAACAUUUCAAUUAAGUCAUCAGUCAUGUAAUGAGAAUAAAAGUGAUCUUCUCAUUCCUGCACAUAAUAAUCUCAUCCAUUUAAGAAGCAGCAGUACAAAACAUAGAAAGCAAUUGAGAACUAUUCCAGUUAGUAAUUUAAAAAGAAAUCCAUCACUUCGAUACAGUAAUUACUUGAAAAAUAUGAGAGUUCAUCGUAACUCGAUACAUUAUCGAGGUGCAAUGUUGAACACUCAUCGUUAUCGGUUAAAAGCUUCUUCGUGUCCCAACAUUUAUCGGAAUUCGAUGACGACAAUUGCACGAGAAGAUGACGAUGUUUGGUAUGAUGACUUCGUUGACAUUAUUAAGUCAAUUUUUGACUUUUCAUUGUUCUUACAAUAUAAAUUUGGGAUGAUGUCGCUGUCAACACUCUUCUUAUUUGUGUGGUACAUCAUUCCAUACUUUUACAUCACCGAGCUUCUAUUAAAUUUCGAUUAUUCCGAAGAAUCGAGUGCGUAUUUAAUCUCAGCUAUUGGUAUUUUUAAUACAUUGGGGGUGGUUGGACUUGGAUGGGUGGGUGAUCAAAAAUGGUGUAACGUUACAAAAACUUACGCUUUCUGUUUGGUUUUAUGUGGAUUGAGUAUGUAUGCAAUACCCUUGGCAACUUCAAGUUACACAGCUCUCGUAAUUCUUUGUUCUAUAUUUGGAGUGACAUUCGGAAGUUCAUUCUCAUUUACACCAAUCAUCACCAGUCGUCUUGUAGAGAUAGAGGAUUUUACAUUAGCAUAUGGUUUAAUUCUUUUAGUUCAAGGUAUUGGAUCUUUAGUUGGUCCACCAUUAGCAGGUUUUAUUUUCACUAUCAAUGAAAGAUGGGACGACUCGUUUUAUGUUGGAGGAGUAUUUGUUGCUUUAAGUGGAGUUUUAGCUUAUAUAAUUGGUGAACUUAAAGUCGAAGUGUCUGGAGAUGACGAAGAUGUCAACAAUAACGACGAUCGAACAAUUAAUACAAAAUAGGAAAAAUGAGUUUGAAGUUGAUAAAUUGCGUAAAUUUUUCAGGCUGACUAUCUACUUAAUUAUUAUUAAGUUACUUUCUGAAUGUUUAGAAAUGCAGGGAAGAAAAAAAAAUAAUGAGCUUUGAAUUCUUAAAUUGAUUUUUGUACAAAUCAUGACAUAUCUAAAUAUUUCAAUGGUGUAAUAAAAAAGAAGCAUCUG